GCACGUUGCAUGCACUGAAGAUGUUGCAACCAGAUUAAAAGCAAACUGUGGAAAUCUGACAUACGGAUUGUGUGCACGUCGGAAAAAAGUUCUCGUCCUAUGUAUCAUACUGUUAUCACCUCGUCAGUUAGAUACUAGUAUUUAGUUAGUAUUGUCUGUCAACUGCUAAGUUAAAACAUCAAGAAAUGUCCGAUAAUAGCGCUAACGUCUAUCAGAUGUGUCUAGUCUAGUGAAUAUAGUGAAACUACAUUUUCUGCCGAAAGAAAAAUGACUAUCAGGGGUAUCUCAAGGGAAACAUAAUUCACAUGUGAGAUAACCUAAAUUAAUUAUUCCCUAAAAUAAUCUAUUCCCCUUUAAAUUUAAGACACUUAUCGAACGUGUUGACAUGGGCCGUGAUGGGGAAGUGGCUGUUUGGUGUCCGUUAAGUUGCCAGCACCAAAAACAGGAGAGCAAGCUUGCCAGUGAAAAGUAAACAACACAUUCAUACAACCACCAACACAGUAAUUGCACGUUUUGACCCGGCUAGAAAAUUGUAGGCAAACGGUGCCCUUAUUCAAUUUUUUGAGUUAACAACAGAUGGAGGAGGUGUGUUUUCAGUUGCCGGGACACGGCGAUGUGGCCCUCCGCAACAUGAACUCCUUGCGUUCCCAGCAACAUUUCUGUGACAUUACUAUUGUGGCCAGCGGUCGUCAGGCUUUUCGGGGUCACAAGGUCGUGUUGGCUGCCUGCUCUCCAUUUCUCAGGGACCAGUUCCUUCUGUCACCCUCCUCUGAAUUACAGGUGUCAGUGUUGCACAGUGCUACUGUUGUCUGCAAACUGCUCCAGUCAUGUUACACAGGCUCGCUGAAAUUCCAUUCCAAAGACAUCGUCAACUACCUGACCGCAGCCAGCUACCUGCAGAUGGAGCACAUUGUGGAGAAAUGCCGGAGUGCCCUCAAUAUGUACAUGCAACCCAGGAAUCCAAGUCCUACCAGGGGCGUUAAAACAGAGCAGCCACUGUCCAUGGCCAUGGCUGUGAGUGGCAGUGCCCCCUCAAUGCUGCCUGGUUCACCUGAGCGGCUCUCGUCCCCCCAGCCCCACAGCCCAGAGGUGGUCUCUCAGGCCUCAGGGAGCAAUCACACAGACUCACUGUCACAGGCAGACGUCCAGCACAGGGAAGCACAUGCUCUCUCAGAGAUCAAGGCAAGAGCAUCCACUGCCUCCUUGCAUGACGACUACGGUGACUACGAGGUUCUGAGGGUUUGCAUAAAAGAGGACGAUCAGGAACCCGAAGAAAUUCACGACGAUGAGGUCGGAGAGCCCGUGAUCUUGGAGGACCCCGUCGAGUCGGACCCCAGCGGGGCAGGUAUGGUGCUGGAUGGAGUGAGCCGCAUAGGGGCGCUGGACCGGGAGGGCCCACGCACCUGGAGGCGGCGACUUCUCGAGCCCCGCACCGGACGAGGAAGAGGCUUUAGGCACCGUAAACGCGGCGCCCUUCGAGAUCGCCGGCCAGCAGGCGUGAACUACCAAGAGGCCUGGCGCUUCCCCUCCCCGGCAGAGAUUCUCGCUCUGGGGGGCGACUUGGGCUCGGCCUACCUCUCCGCUCACGCCCAGACAGACAGCCCUCCCAGGAUGCAAUACGGGCUGGGCGAGAGCCAGGAGGAGGUUCUAGGAGAAGAGCCCAGCGCCGAGGACAUGGCCAUGCGCUACGGGCUGGACGUUUCCAACGGGGACGGGGAGAGCAUCGGCGUGAUGGGCGUCCCGGCCGACGAGGAGGGGGGAGGCGGCGCGGACGAUUCCGUGGCGGUGGUGGGGUCCACCUCCUGCGCGUCGGGUCCGGUGGCGUGUGACCACUGCGGCCUGGCCUUCCCGUCCCCGCAGUCUCUGCUGGUGCACAUGCGCGCCACCCACCUGCCUUACGUGUGCCCGUGCUGCGGCAAGCAGUUCACCCACGCCAGCAACCUCAACCGGCACAUGAGCGUCCACCGCGGCGCCAAGGUGCACCGGUGCCCACUGUGCCACAAGACCUUCACGCAGAAGGCCACGCUGUGCGAUCACAUGAACCUACACAGCGGCGAGCGGCCGCACCGCUGCGCCUACUGCCAAGUGCGCUUCGCCCACAAGCCGGCCCUGCGGCGCCACCUAAAGGAGCAACACGGGAAGACUACUGCACAGAACUGUAUGGAGGCUCAGAGAGAGAGUGAGGGAGGGGUGGGACUAGGGGUUGGAGUGGUCGAGGGAGGGGUGGGAGUGGUCGAGGGAGGGGGAGCAGUUGAAGGAAUAUGA